UCAGUUUGCAUCUAACACUAUAGAAAUUUCUCCUACUGUCAAGGCUAUAUUUGGUAUUCAUAGCUCAACUUGAUCAAAUCCCAAUCUUCUUGAUAACCAUUCAAACUAAACGAAACUUUCUGUUUGAUAUAUGGGUUCAUGUUGUUUUGUCUUAUUUUGUUUCAAAGUUUUAAACUUUGUUUCUGCCAAACAGAACCCUUCUAUUGUUUGAUUUGUCACAGGAUUCAAGGACCAUUUAACUCACACUUUUAAUUAUGAACUUUGUGUUGCUGCUGAUAUGUUUACGUAGAUGAUUCAAGUUGAAACAGAAAUAUUUUGGCUGGUUUAUUUGUUAAAGUUCAUUGGUUUUGGGAAUGAGGAUUUUGACAAGGAGUGGUCAAUGGUUAAUUGGUUUUAGGGUUUAGGGGUCAUUUUUGGAAAUGCAUUUUUUGGGGGGAUUUGUCGGUUUGAUUGGAUGUAAAGUAAGUUGUAACUUGAAAGCACCCGUUCACAUCCUUUGGAUUUCCAUGAACAAUUUUCCCAGUGUGAGAGCUAUGGAUAAAGAAAAGAAAGAAUCAGUAAGUUUCACCAAGGGAUUACUGCAGAGUGAAGAACUUUAUCAGUAUAUCCUAGAGACUAGUGUGUAUCCACGUGAACCAGAGCCCUUGAAAGAGCUGAGGGAUAUCACUGCUACCCACCCAAGGUCUAUAAUGGCUACUGCACCUGAUGCAGGGCAGUUAAUUGCCAUGCUCUUGAAGCUAACAAAUGCGAAAAGGACAAUUGAAGUUGGAGUUUUCACUGGAUACUCUCUUCUCCUUACUGCUCUUACAAUUCCAGAGGAUGGCAAGAUUGUAGCCGUAGAUUUGAAUCGAGAUGCAUAUGAUAUAGGGUUACCAGUUAUCAGAAGAGCUGGUGUUGAAAACAAAAUUGACUUCAUUGAAUCAGAGGCUUUGCCAGUCCUUGAUCAGCUUCUUGAAGAUCCUGAAAAUGAAAACGGAUUUGACUUUGCUUUUAUUGAUGCUGACAAGAUCAAUUACUGGAACUACCAUGAGAGGUUGAUGAAACUGGUGAAGGUAGGUGGGAUUGUUGUUUAUGAUAACACAUUGUGGGGAGGAACAGUUGCAAUGCCUGAAGAGUGCACUCCAGAGAAAAUGAGAGAGGGUAGGCAGAGAACACUGGAUCUUAAUAAAUUGCUCGCAGCUGAUCCUCGUGUCCAAAUUUCUCUUGCCCCAUUAGGUGAUGGAAUCACAAUCUGUAGGCGUAUUCACUGAACCAUGUUGAUUUAGACAGCCUCAUUUCAGUACUGGACUCCAGAAUCAGUCCCAUCAAGCUCCUAAGCUGUAAUGAUUUAGAAAGCAUAAUCCGUAUAUACCAUUACGAAUCAUGUUAUUAGCCUUGUAGAUGUGAUGCUUUAGCCGUCUACCAGCUGGAACAACUAAAUAAAUAAAUAAAUAUUUAUAUUUAUAUUAUA